GCCCGUGGCUGUGUUUAUAUUUCUAUCCGGCAUUGUUUUGUGUAUGUCAUGCGAUUAAUGCUAAAACUGUUGGAGUACGGUCAUAAGGGAUAUAGAAGGAUACAUCACUCGUUUACAAUGUCAGUUUCGCAGCAGAUAAACGAAAAUAAUGCCAAACAGAUCAUUGAAACCGUAGACAACUUUCUAUUUGAUUGCGAUGGUACGUAGAAUUAGACUGACUGAUUGUACUUUUACUACUGAGUUAACUGAGUGUUAUAGUAUAGUAUAAGUAUAGUAUUGUAGUAUAGUUAGUUAGUUCACUGUUUCUGUUAGUUAAUGUACUGUACUGUGUAAAAAUUACUUGAAUUGACAUUCAUUGAAUUUGUUUUGUCAUGCUGAGUCACAUAUAGUCAUAUUGACAAAUUAAAAUGAAUUAAAUGUUUCACUAGGUACUAGGAUUUUUUUAAAAAUAGCGUAUACUUAUUACUUAUUAAAAUUAAAUUAUUACUACUUUUUACUUUGCUUACCUAAGCCUAAGGCCUAAGCCUUAGCUGUUGAACCAGUUAAUCAAUUUUACAAGUAAAACUUCAGUAAACCAAAGAUUAAAAUAUAGGUAGCAUGUAAGACAAACGUACACAAACAUUAGUAAUAGUAAUAGUAAAAAAGUGUUAUGGUAGGUCUACUGUGUAACUGUGUAUUUUUUGCAGCUACAAAGUCAAAGCUCAGUUGUGAAUCUAUGUUGAGAAUCCAUGACACAGGCAGAUAUUAUAAAAAUAUAGCAUUUGAUAUCUAUAAUAUAAAUGUUUAAUUAAUUUGCUAGUGCAACUGUCAGGGUUUUUUUCUGUUAAAUAUGAUUUAAGUUUAAGGAAAAGUAAAUCAUAAUUUUUUUUUAAAAAUCUUCAGUUAAUUCCAUUUUUUAAAACAAGUCAUUGUCACAGUGAAAUAUUUUCUUGUCUAACCCAUUUCAAUAAAAUCGCACCCUUGAAAUUUUUCACAAGUUAUAAUCUUCGAACGACAAAAUAUGGCUGUUAUUGAAUACAACAUUCGUUAACAAGUCAGAUCUGUCAGAUGAUAUAAAAUUCAGAGGUUUUUUUAUCACCUCUCUUUUUUCUACCUGUUGCUAUGUUACUAACCUGUCAGUGGAUGAUAAAGCAUGCACAUUGAUAAAAAUUUGAUGUAAUUGUUUCUGUAUAUUGCCAUCAAACAAUAUAAUGCAACAUUUUAAAAACUAAUGAAAAUGAAACCCGGUAGCCCCCCUUUCUUUGUUGCAGCGAGUAGCAAAUGGUCAUAGAAAGUUGAGAAUCCAAGUAUCAAAUCCAUAGUGUGAAUGUCCGUUUAUAAUAGAAUGUAUGGUAACACAACAUGUCUCAUGAAAAUUUUUAAUUUUUGCCUUGUGUAAUCAAAAUACGUUUACAAGAUUUGAGUGAUAUUAUUUAUGAAUAUAAUGGGAAGAUAUGUUCAAGAGUUUUACAAAUCUUAUUCCGUUGUUAUGAAUAAAACAUAAACAAAUAACUUAUUGUUAUGAAUAAUACAUAUAUGAAUCAUUCAUUGUUAGGAGUAAAACAUAAACAAAUCAUUCAUUAGUAUGAAUAAAACAUUAAAAAAAUAAUUCAUUGCCUCUGACAUCUGAUUCAACUAAAAAAUAACAACUUCACUUGCAGUUUAAUGUUAUCAGACAUGUCUGGAAUAUGUCUUUCCAUUGUGUUGUUUGCAAAAAAUAAUAUUAAUAAACUUUUCCUAAAAUUCAGGCUGAAACAUUGUUUGCACAAUUGAAAAGCUAAAUUCUCUUAUUGUGGUUUCAGUUUUGGUGAUAAUGUGAGGAUCCUUGUUUUAUAGCAGUUAUUUGGGCAACCAAGUAACUUGCCUCUUGAGCUCUCUCAGAUGUCUUCAUUAUUUUGUUAAAUCAUGCAGACUGUGUCUUUAUUGAUUUUGACAGCUGUUAUUCCAGUUUUUGUGACAAAUUGAUGUCUUUUUAGAUAAACUGUCAGCUAAUUUUUUUUAUUUGGUGUGAUCAGUACGUCUGAUCUGCUUCUUUGAUGUAAAACAAAGACUUGAAAGUCUGCAUGCUCAUUUUGGGGCGGCACACUACUUGUCAUGACACAGUUUGGGAAGCACUGUACCACUGGCUAAAUUGUCUAGGUCAGUGUUGAGAGUCUCUCAACGCCUGUCUUUCAAGCCCAAAAUUUUGAUCUGGGAAAAUGUUAACCUCUUGUCCACAAUGUUCAUAGGAAAAUGUUAACCUCUUGUCCACAAUGUUCAUAGGAAAAUAUUAACCUCUUGUCCACAAUGUUCAUAGGAAAAUGUUAACCUCUUGUCCACAAUGUUUAAGGAUUAUUUCAAGAUGAAUUACUGAGCUAAAAUUUGUAUAUGUUGAACCUUAGGGGACCUGAGCAACAGUGGAUAAGAACUAACAAAAGCCGAUCUCUUCCAUUGCUAUACAUAUUCUUAGCUCAGGGGAUUGGAUGGUAGAAUCGGCAAAAUCUGAAAUGGAAUGAGUUAAUUUUAAAAACUGGCUCAGAAAUUAUGAUACUAAUUACUAAUCAUUAAAACCUUUUUAGAAGUGUAAUCUCUGGCACAAAAGAUAAAAGCAUUAAAAAUGUGUCUAAAAAUGUAAUGUAUAAUCUUUAAUCUUUGAUUGGACAGGUGUCUUGUGGGAUGGAAGUGGACCCAUAGAGGGCAGCCUGGAAACUAUAAAAAAGUUAAAGAGCUUGGUAAUGUAACGUUUACCACAAUAAGUUUAUAGUCAUUGUUAUCAUGCCAAAUAUGCUUAUUGGCUUAAACAUUGUUCAUAGCAUUAUUUUUUAGCGAUAAAUUUUAUGGAAAACUUCCUUUACCGUUGCUCUCUGGUAAAAUAAAAUCCGGUCAAAAGACUUUCUUUUCAACUGUAAACAAUUUCAAUGACAUCUUUUGUUCCAUUACAUAGUAAAGUUCAUUCACUUCAACCUGGUCAUUAUUUUUUUUUCUUUCAAAUUACAUGGCCCAUGUUUAAAAGAUUUAUAUUCACAGCUUAAGAGCAGUAUGUUUCUUCUCUGCAGGGAAAAAAGGUGUAUUAUGUAACCAACAACAGCUCAAAGUGCCGCGAUGAUUAUGUUGCCAAGUGCAAGGAAUAUGGUUUCCCAGCAGAAACGGUGAAUAUUUCCAUACUUCAAAACAAGUUUUUUUCUUUUAACUAUUAAAGAACAAGCAUUUUUUGCUGUUCUGAAUUUGAAAAGUUUAAUUGAAAAAAUAAAAUAAACAUGCAUAAAAUUAUUAGUUUUUCUUAACCAAACUUCGUGCCGCUACUUAGAUGACAAUAUAUUUGUUAAUAAGCAGAUCCCCUGAGGUUUCGCAGAGGAAAGCCCCCAUAAAGUAAUAUUCCUGUAGGGCCAGUACAGUAAAAAAGAGAUUCAUUUUUUUUUUAGAGUGCAAACUUUUAAAAAUCAUUUCGGUGUUAGUAAAAAGAUUUUAAAACUAUUAAACAGUAUUGUGGGUAAAACAGAUACUCGCUUCCUGUGUCUAAUUGUAUAUUCGGUAACCCUAAGACUUCGGCGAUGUAAUAUACAAACUUCAUUAUUCAAUGUAAGUACUUGGAUACUCUCUUAACACGCCAGUUGAAAAAUGAGGACACAAUAUGUGAUCCAAUGUUGCAGAAGGCUUUAUUAAGACCUCCGCACAUUACUCUUUUCUUUGCUUUCUAAAAUAAAAUCAGUGUACCUGGAGAAAAAUUUCUUUUUCAAAAACUCUUACACUUCAUCCUCACAGGAAGAAAUAGUCUGCACGGCAUACAUUGCGGCCCAGUAUUUAAAGACCAUUGGGUAUCAAGGGAAGGUCUACCUCAUUGGAAAAGAGGAAUCACUUGGAUAUGAGCUGAAAAAAGCUGGGAUCAAAUAUUUUGGAACUGGGGUAAAAUAAUGUGAAGCUCUCAUGUAUAAGCUCCUUAAAAAAAAACUUUGGCUGCCAAAUAUCAUCUUAUUCUUUAAGUGUCUACAGUAGCGGAUGGAAGAAAUACAUUAUUCAGGACAGUAAUGAUAAAAGUUUCGAAUUUAAUUAAUGAAACAAAUAUUAAUUAAAAUUAAAAACAAUGCAAAGCUUACUCGCUGGAUAAAGAACAGGGGGAAAAAAAAAAUGUUGCCUCAAGUACCUUACCUUAUAAAUGAUAGCUUUAAUAAAUUCAGUGUUGGAGACAACUACAUGGUGGCUAUACACAGUGAUAGAUUUGAUUCAGAGUGGAGUCAAAGGAGCUAGGAACCAUAACAAUAACUUUUGCAAAAAGCAUUAUGAAUAAAUUGAUGCUAUUAAAGGGACACCCCAAUAUAUAAACAAAGAGAUUCUAUGGACGACGUUCAAUUUUUUGUGAAACAGAGUAGCUUGCCCGUGGUUGCCGCCUACUUUUACCAAGUUGUGUUGGUUCCAAAAUCAUGUUUGUUGUUUCUAAUAAAUUAAGUUAAGUAGGGUUUAUCAAAACAGACCAAUAAUAUAGGUUUUAAAAUAAAAUUUAUACUUUACUCUGAAAUAAUUUCUUUCCUCUCAAUUCACGAUGACAUCAUCCGAUCCAUGUUUACUUAGCCAAACCAUCACAACCACAAAUGAUAUGCAAGCAGGAAUGAUAUUAAAGAAACCGCUAUGUUCUUUUCUGUCUGAAAAUAAAUAUUUUUUUCCUUCGUGAACAUAUCCCAUACAAGGGUCUACCCAAUAUUUUACAGUUGUGACAUUAAUUUUUUUGUCACCUUACAUUCCUCCGUAAAGAAUUUCAGAUAACACUUAUUGCUACAUUUUGUAUACUUUUAGGUUUAAAUUUAUGGGGAAACACUUAUUUGAAAUGUAUAAUGUUUGCAUCAAGUAGCAAAAAAAAAUUAAUAUAAGUAAUGACUUUGUACCACUAAUAAACACAAGAAUAAUAAUUGCAAGUUUUUAACAAAAUGAUACGUUCAAAUCUGAAUUUUUGACAAUAGUUUAAAUAUGGAAAUAGUUAUUUGAAUUCUGUAGAUUUUUGUAAAAAGUGUCUAGAGCAAACAUAUAAAAAAUUAUUUUUUUAAAAGUUGAAAUGUAGUAUUUUCUAUUAAUCAUUAUUAAAGCCCGACCCUCUUGAGGGAAAGUUAAAAGAUUGGCUAGCAAUGAAAUUGGACCCUGAGGUAGUAGAUCUUAGUUUGUGAAAAAAAUCAUUUUUUUUUUUUUUAAAGGUUUUAUUUCCAUUUUUGAAGUUGUUCUGUUUGCAGUAGUCAUGGUCAAAUUCAAUUAAAAAAAAGAUUUGAUAAUUUUGUUUUCCCAUUUCUGAAAUGAUUAUUGUUUUUUAAGUUUAAGAUCACUUUUGGGGAUUUCAAAUGAAAUAUAUAAAAUCAGUAUUCGCUUUUGAAUAUUAUUAUUUUAUUAUGAAAUAAACAAUUUUAACAAAAUGAGAUUAACUGGAAAAUUACCUUGUUUUAGUGGUUAGAGAGUUUAUUGAAAUCUGAAGCCUCUUUGUGGUAAAAAUUUAUUUUUAAUAUCAUCAAGAUGCUUUUAACAAAAAAGGUGUUUCCAUUUUCUGCAACACUUUUCACCAUGACUUACGUUAUAUCUCAUUUAUUCCUCUUUAAAUUUUCAACCCAUUUUUUAUGAGGUUUUUGAUCUGAUUAUUCCCUUUCGGUUAUUAUUUGAACUUUAUAUUUGACUUUAUUUCUUGUUCCAUUUCUUGUUGUUUUUUCACUUUCUGUUUCCCCUUUGAUGCAUUAUUAUUAGCCAGAUCCUCUAAAGGGGACUAGCUACCAGGAAUGGCUUACAGAGAUUCAGCUUGACCCAGAGGUAAUCCUUUAACAAAAUUACAUUCACCACCUAAGACUAGGCUCACAUUUAUAUAUAUAUAUUAUAUAUGAAUAGAUGGUUCAAAGAUUGCCUGCCGAAUGAUUACCAUUCUUUUUACAGUGUAUGGGUUAAUUUUGUUCCUUUCUUGCGACAUCACCAUUUUAAGUUCCCCAUAUGGAGGCAAUGAAUGGCCGUGGAACUAAUAACUGAAACAUUUGCAAUUGCGAUGAUGAAUAAUUUAGUCGUAAUCAAAAGAUUAACCAUUGAACCACUUGGCACAGGACACCACAUACUGCAUGGUGCAUAUGUAAAAAAAAUAUUUCUUUAAUAUAUUUAAAACCUUUUUAAAACUGAUGACAUUAAAUAUUGAUAAAAAUGAAAAGUGAAAUAUAAUCUUAGGAAUGUUCGUUUAUAUCUAAGGCAAUGUUAAAUUUUAAUUUUAAAAGCAAUUCGCUCUGUCAAUCCGCCAUCAUAUCUAUGUUGAAUCCACCUACAAGCUUGAGAAAAUGUAUGUUUUAAGAGGACUGUCUGUCACAUGUAUCUUGUUGUUAAAUAAUUAACAGCAAUUAUUUAAAUAUAGAAAUACCAGCAUAACUCUUCUUACGAAGCUCCUUCGAAAUGUCUAGGAAAUUAAGGUUGUUGGCCAUUGUACUUAGUUAUUUAUUAUUUACCAUUGUGAAUACCACAGUAAUUGUUACAUUAUGUUAAAAAAAUACUCUUCUAUAAUAUAUAAUGGAUGCACUGUCUUAUAUUUUAUGUAUGAAUUUUAAAUAUUUACUUGUUUUGGUUGUUAUCAUAAAUGUUCAACCUAAUCAGGUCAAGUGUGUGGUGGUAGGUUUCGACCCACAUAUCAACUACAUGAAGAUGAUGAGAGCGGCCAGCUACCUGACAAAUCCUGAGUGCUUGUAUGUUGCCACAAACGAAGAUGGCUCACUUCCGGUGAAAGAAAAGAACAUUUGCAUCCCAGGUUAGUGUCAUGCUACUGUGGUCUAGAAUCUUCCUGCCAUCUCUGUUUUGAAAAACGCAACUUCCAGAAAUAUAAAUUAAAGGCACAAGCCUUCAUUAGUUCUUUCUGCUGAGGGCGUCCGUUAGCCGAAAUGUUCUUCUUUUAUCGCCCAGUCGUUCUAUUUCAAGCGUCCGCAUACCUUGUUCCACGAUUACCUUCACACAGCUUGAAUGCAGUCCUUCAUUCAUUUUUCUUUGGUCUAGAAAGUGGGCUCAACAAGUCAUUCCAAAAUGAACUGAUCACUUUAUUUGGAAAGUCCAUGUAUAUCAGAGUUUCUCAAACUCUUGUACAAUUUGCACCCUGUACGAAUUGUCUGAAUAAGCCUCACAGCCCCCCAAAAAUAUAAAAAUGCAUGUUAUGUACACAAGUUGAAUUCUUUAUAGUGGCUAUUCCUUGCACCCUCUGACAUGGCAUCUUCCACCCCUGGUUUUGAAAUCCUGAUGAAUAUAAUUUAAAAUAUUAAUAGUUUGAGAUGGGGUUUUUUAUUAUUAUUAUGUAAUGUGCCCCUCCAUUACAUGUGCAAAAUUAUAAAAACGGACUCUCAAAAUCCAAAUAUUAGUUUGCCAACUGCUGUAGAAUGCAUAAUGCCGGCAGCAUAGAUUACACGGUUUGUGUACCUCAUUCUGCAGGCACCGGUUGCAUGGUUUUGCCCGUCACAGUUGCAGCCAACAGAAAUCCAACCCUAAUGGGAAAGCCGGAGACGAACAUGUUUGAUGUUCUGCAGAAGGUCCACAAUCUUGACCCGUCAAAGUGCAUGAUGACAGGAGACAGGUGAGGUUAUGGACUUGACUAUAUUUAAAAAAAGAAAAGAUGAGUGCUAUAGAGAGCUUGUUUACAUCAUAUUUCUCGUGCGUGCCCUCUGAUUGACCCCGCAUGAGACGCUGUGUUCACAAAGGGGUGUGGCUUAGGCCUUUGAAGUAUUCUUGUUUACACCGCCAAACUACUAAAAAUAAUUAAUCUGUUCCAAGUAGUGUUUUGUAGAAUCAUUCUGAUGGUUCUAGAGAUGUCAUGUAGCUUGUCGAAGGCAGGGCUUAGGCGUCGGUAGACCCACCUAUAUAAGGGAUUGACAGGCACGGACGAGAACAGAACAGACGGAGAUUUUCAUAUAGAUUCUCUUAACAUUACGAGGCGUGUUUUAUUCUUUGUGUAUUUGUGUGCUCCUACUUAUAUGUGUUUAUUUCGCAUUAUUUUUGGCAUCAUUAUUUCUAAUUGUAUUAACUGUGUACCGGUACGAGAUCUACCAUACUGUAAGUUGAAGAUUGUAAUUUUAUUUUAUUUUAUUUUGUAAUUAUCUUAAGACAUAAUAAAUCUUAAUUAAUUGUAACUAGAAACUUUUUUGGGUCGUAUCUUUAAUAUUGUUGAUUCUAUGGUAUCGUCCUUUGUUAGGCACUGCUUACAACGAGCCAAAUUAAAAUUAAAGUAGGAGAUUAAUUUCUCCCAAUACAAGUCAGUGCGUCACAAUGAGGCUGAUUGAUGUCAUACAUUUCUAACUACACAGCUAACGUUUGUUUGAGUGAAAUUUCAGUUUUAACCAUUGUCUAUUUGCAAUGUGUCCAGCCACAGACCCUCUUAACCACUGGCAUACUCUCCAGUCACUGAAUUAUGACAUUUCUCUUUCAAGUCGAACCAAAACAAUUUUAAGAAGUAUCUAUUUGUUUGAGGGGAUUGUCAUCACAUCUAUCAGCCAUAGGAUUUUAUGUUAAAAUAAUUUUAAUUAAAACUUUAUGUUACAUUGAAGUAAGGCCUUAAUAGUUUAUUUCAUGAAAUAAAGAAUCAUGUAUUCUUUUUAAAAAAAAAUAUGAAUAGAAAGAAUUGUAUACAUGAAAUAUAUUUUUCUCCAAUUUAAUUUCUUAAAAUAAAUUUUCUCUAGAAUAAACACUGACAUUAUGUUUGCCAAGAAAUGUGGCAUCCGCUCCUUGCUUGUGCUAUCAGGCAUAUCAACAGAGGAUGAGCUGAUCACACCAUCUGGAAAAGGCUCGAUGGCAGAUGAUCAAAAGCAGCCAGAUUUUUAUGCCCCUUGUCUAGCAGAUUUGGGCAAAUUUAUAUGAUAGUGUUGACAAUUAGGUAGCACGGUUUAGCAAAUUGAAUUAGAAAUUUUUAAAAACUUUCAUUUAAUUUAUAAUCAUAUGAUGAUGCAGCUGUAUAAACUUACAUAGUAAUUUUUAUUCUAUGUUUAGCUAAGUGAGGUCUAUUUGUAGUUUGCUAAUGUUUAAUUGUAAUUUGAAUAUAAAUAAUAAGCUUUGAUUUAAAUUAGACUCCUGUCCAUCAAUAAAACUGAUGAAAUUGUUUUAAGAAUUUGAUUGACGCAUCAGACUUUUGAUGUUUUCCAUAGCACCAGUGUCAUCACUGCUCUCUAGCUGUUAUUUAAUGAGUUUAAGAAUUACUGCGAGUUUCAGAAAUUAGUAUAUAUUCUUUUUAGAUAGUGCUGCACAUUUUAUUUACAUUUCAUCAUAACCUCGCCCUGUGCUAUUUUGAUAUACAUAUUUAUUACAGUGUUUAUUUAUUGGCAAACUGUUUUUUAAGUGCAAGCCUGUUAACUGUGAUCAUCAGAAACAGCCUGGUGAUAUGUUGGAAAAGUUUGCACCAACUAUUUCAGUAAGGGUCAUGUAGUUCAAUGAAAAUUGUGGUUGGCCUCAAUUAAAAUAAAUUUGAACUGUCACAGUUAAUCAGCUUUAUUACUCAGUAUUAAUGAGAAAUUAAUGUUAACAAUGCGAAUAAAUGAAGUAAUAACAUUGCAAGUAUGCUAAAAGAUCUGCAAUUGGAAUGGAAAAAAAAAAAUAUCUUGCCAUUUGGUUUUGAAUGAAAUAUCUUCAUUAUAUUUAUAUUGUGUGUCUUUUAACAAAUUUAUCUAUAAAAAAAUGGCUUAUAAUUAAUUUCAGAAAAAUGGGUCGUGCUAUUUUUGAAAACCAUGCGAUGAAAUUAUGUCAAUUAUUUUGUCCGCAAGCAUUUUUAAAAUACAUUUUUUCCAAAUAAUCCAAUCCAACUAUUUUUAACAAGGCGUUUUUUUUAGAAUUUUGCUAACUGUAGUCACAUUUUAAAUCUUUGAAAUACAUUUUUGUGAACCCUUGAAAACAUUUAAGAUUUUAGUUUAUUCCGAAGAGACGAAUUGUGUUUAUUUACCUGCCUGUUGGCUGUCACUUCACACUCAUUGUUCAGAAAUGAAAUAUGAAUGGCUCUUUGAGCUGUAUGAUUCAAACGUAUUGUUGAGUUCUAAAAAUGAUUCAGCUGUAAAAAUCUUUAAGCAAUGUAGCUCAAAGCUCAUGGUCUUACUUUAUUUAUUUUAAUUUAUUCAAUUUUUUUUUUUACAUAUAUUAAAGAUCAA